GAACCAUAGGCCAUUGCCUGGCGCUGCGCCGUCUUCCAUGUCAAGCGUCAUCUGGAUCCCCGCCCGCAGUAUAAUUGACGUAGCACACCAGCGUGUGAGCCGAGUAACUUACUCUGCUCGCAGCAACAACUGGCACGAGCACACUCCGCGGCACGACGGAUCCUGCCGCAUACGAAACCUACGGAGGAGAGUUCUGUACUCUUCCUGCGCCGGAGGUCAUUUCUGACAUCCAGCCUGCAACUUUGCUGGAUCUGCAUCGGAAGCGAAGGCCCAGAGGCCUACGGUACGGUAUGGAACAUCAUCAUAGUUCAUGGAGGACACUCCUAUUCCGAACGGACGCUCAUUCUCGAGAUUUUGCGGGUCACUGUCAAGUCACUGUAUUAUGUCCAGCAGCACCCUCGUACACGGCCUGAAUACCUUCUUCAAUAUUGUUGGCGAGCCCGGACGCCGCUAUACUAAGGGCCUCUUCAUUGGAACCCAUGCAGAGACCUCUCUUCCUGUGGAUGUACCUUGGGGGAACCGAGGAAUACCUGAGCCGUCUGCAUGGGUCACAUUCGAGACAGAGACUGCUUAUGCCGUGCCCUUUCGCAGCCGACGUCUCACACACCUGCCGGGCGUCGCGCUCCCCUUUAUCUAUCACAUCUUUUUUGAACCUCAGAUCGGGGGCGACGUCAACGAGCUUCUGUCUCAAGCCAUUGCCGACUGUUCUCCCGAACAUGUCCCGUUGACAGGUAACAUCCUCGUGGUCAUAUUCGAUUUGAACGGGAAUGCGAUUCCUGUGCAGGAUUCGCAGAUUACUUUGCUGGAGGCACUUGUGGUCUUCUCCUUCUGUGACAGUCGUCUUCGUACGCGCAUGUUAAAUAGAUCACCUUGACAAUAAUGUGAAUGCUAUGUCUUCUCUUCCGCAACCCAUGGAUGAUCGACGUGUGUGUACUAUUCAAGAACAGGAUACGCAAGUAACGCAUGGUAUUUUCUUCGGGGAUGCCUGCGAAGAGAUCAAACUUGUCUGUGUGCCGUUAUCUUCCCCUGAACAACCGCGCCCGCACGCGUACUUUCCUGAAGGAUCUCCCAUAUCCGUCGACGUCACGUAUCUAUUAACGCGUCGUUACCGACUCCCAAAGUCUCUCGUCGUUUAUUUUGAACCAUCUCCACUGGAAACGGGCACCCGCUGGAACAACCUUCUCACUAAUACGGAUGAUCAACUGCGUGUAAGAGGUAGUGUCCUUGUUCUUUGGAAGGACACGUCGAACGUGUAUCGCCACCUACAGUGGCAGGAUGAAGACUACGUAAUCCUUGUAUUGGAAAGGUUGAUUACCACCGGCGCACUUUUUCAAAUGGCCCAUGUUCCCCCCCAUUGACGGCCAUUACCUACUAGAGCUUGUCCUUGCUAGUAAAGUUUGAUACUCGAAAAUUUCAUGUGCCUCCGCC